AGGUGAGUUAGGAUCGAAGAAACUACAGAGAACAAACAAUAUUUUUUAUUCACAAAUAAGUUACACACACCAAAACUUAGAUAUCAUGGGAAAAUCUCAUGUUCUAGUCAUACCAUUUCCGGCACAAGGCCAUGUAAUUCCAAUGAUGGAGCUUUCUCAACGCUUAAUCGAGCAAGGUGUCAAAGUUACAUUCGUAAACACAGAGGUCAUUCACAACAAGAUUGUAACAAGCAAUUGGAUAAACAAAGAUGGCGUUGAUGAUGAUCUAAGGCAUAUGGUUUCAAUCCCCGAUGGGUUAGACCCGUGUGAAGAUAGGAAUGACAUCGUGAAGUUGGCGAAAUCUAUAUCUCAAAAUAUGCCUGGCAAGUUUGAAGAACUCAUAGAGUCGGUUGACAAAGAAGAUGAUACUAAAAUCACUUGUAUUAUUGCUGAUUUUAACAUGGCAUGGGCCAUACGAGUCGCAAAGAAAAAGGGGAUUAAACCAGCAGCCUUUUGGUCUGCUUCGGUAAUUACACUGGCCAGCGUAUUGUCUGUAGAAAAAUUAAUUGAUGAUGGAAUCAUAAACGAAAAGGGCAUGGUUCUAAAAGAUGAAAUGAUUCGGCUGUCAGAUUCAAUGCUGCCUAUGAAACCUACAAACAUGUUUUGGGUUUGCUUUGAGGACCCGGCUCUCUCAGAAGUUGCUUUUCAAAUUGUAUUAGCGGCUAAACAAGCUUCUGAAUUGACAGAAUGGGUCUUAUGUAACUCGACUACUGAACUAGAGGCUGCAACAUUUAGCAUGUAUCCACAGUUAUCGCCCAUAGGCCCUUUGCUAGCAAGCAACCGACUUGCAGACCAAACGGGCCACUUCUGGAAAGAAGACACCACCUGCUUAGCAUGGCUAGAUCAACAACCAGCAUGUUCUGUUAUUUAUAUAGCAUUUGGGAGCUUCACUUUGUUCAACCAAAAUCAGUUUGAAGAAUUAGCAUUUGGUCUUGAACUUAGCAACAAACCAUUCUUGUGGGUCGUGCGACCAGGUAUGACCAAGGAGACUGCAACCAUUUUCCCAGAUGGAUAUAUGGAGAGAAUAGGCUCUCGUGGAAAAAUCGUGAGUUGGGCACCUCAACAGAAAGUCUUGGCCCAUCCUUCUGUGGCUUGUUUCGUAAGUCAUUGUGGUUGGAACUCUACUUUAGAGGGUGUAACAAACGGACUUCCUUUCUUAUGUUGGCCAUAUUUUUCCGAUCAAUUUCAAGACGAAACUUACAUAUGUGAUAUCUGGAAGACUGGGUUAGGGCUAAACAAAGAUGAACGAGGAAUCAUCACUCGAGAAGAAAUAAAAAGUAAGAUAGAGGUUUUGUUCAACAACGGAAUGUUUAGGGCCAACGCCUUGGACAUUAAAGAAAAAGUGGCAAGUAGCAUUGCAAAAGGCGGAUGCUCACACUCAAAUUUUAACAAGUUUUUCGAGUGGAUACAUGAGAAAGACUCGUAAGCCAAAGAUCCACGUAACAAGUAGAUAACUAAUGAUACUAUCAUCAUUUAUCCUUGGAAUUCCAGUGUUUAAUUUUGAUAUUCUUGUAAUUGAAUUUUCUAUUUGAAAUAAAUUGCUAAAAUUGGCUAUUAUGCACAA